AUGGCUGUUUACCCCUCAGUUGAAGAAAUGAAAAUGGUUGAACUGAUAGUUUUUAUAUUAAACACAGAAAAUGCUGUGAGGUGGGCAAAACAGCACGGUUUGAUAGCAGCCCCGAUGACAUGCCGCUGUCUUGCAGACAUAAGGUUUACAUACUUUUCAGUUGCGGCAUUGAAUGUCGGGAACACAUUGCCUGACAGGUGGCCCGGACACAUUGUUCAAAUAGAUGAAAGCUGCAUCUCACCUGCAAAAAGAUUGAAGAACCAGAAUGCACGUCCAAAAGGAAGUGCAGGAGAACAAGAUAUGGAGAUAUAUGAAAAGAGAAAGGGGCACGGGCAACUAGACGAGCAGCACAGUUAA